GAGACAUGAGGAGAAGCAAAGCUCCAUGCUGUCCCCCCUUUAUCAGGACCAUGGCGGCUCGUGGCCCCAGACGUCGUCCUGCUCCUCCUCGUCUCAGGGCCUCCACCGCCCGCUGCGCUGCCACCCUCCCCCAAUCAGCGGGAGCAGCGUGGGCCCCAACCCCACCUACUAUCAUGCCGUGUAUGACGUCCGGGUGGAGCAGUACAGAGAAGUGCCCUUCAUCAGUGGGCUUCACUCCCGCCGGGGCUCCAUGCCCCUGGUUGCGCACCACACCGACCCCGCGGUCCCACCGAUCCGCCGGAGGGGAGGAGUGGUGGACCACCGGGACGUCAUCCUGGCACAUCAGGCUCACAAGAUGCACAACACACCACAGGCCAGGAGGAAACAAUGGGAAAUGGCGCGUUUUGGAGACGAGGUGCCCAACAGGUAUGGAGGUGGAGGAGGAGGAGGAGGUGGUGGCGGCGGUGGCGGGGGUGCCGGCGGACAAGGGGGGCCCGGCCGCGGCGGUAGCAGGCAAGGGGGGCCCCCUGGAGCGCCGCGGGUGUACAAGCAGUCGAUGGCCCAGAGAGCCCGGACCAUGGCCCUGUACAACCCCAUACCCGUCCGGCAGAGCUGCCUCACGGUCAACCGCUCCCUCUUCCUCUUCAGCGAAGACAACCUGGUGAGGAAAUACGCCAAAAAGAUCACCGAAUGGCCUCCGUUUGAAUGGAUGAUCCUCACCACCAUCAUUGCAAACUGCAUCGUUCUGGCUCUGGAACAGCAUCUUCCUGACGGAGACAAGACGCCUCUGUCUGAACGACUGGAGGAGACGGAGCCCUACUUCAUCGCCAUCUUCUGUUUUGAGUCGGGGAUAAAGAUCCUGGCUCUGGGGUUUGCGUUACAUAAAGGCUCGUACCUGAGAAACGGCUGGAACGUCAUGGACUUUGUGGUCGUGCUCACCGGUAUUUUGUCGUCGGUGGGGUCUCAACUUGACCUGAGGACGCUACGAGCGGUCAGAGUGCUGCGACCGCUGAAACUGGUGUCUGGGAUUCCCAGCCUGCAGGUGGUGCUCAAGUCCAUUAUGAAGGCCAUGAUCCCCCUCCUGCAGAUCGGCCUUUUGCUGUUCGUGGCCAUCCUCAUGUUCGCCAUCAUCGGCCUGGAGUUCUACAUGGGGAAGUUCCACACCACCUGCUACGAUGAAUUCACAGGCGACCUGGUGGAUGAAUUGCCAUGUGGCACAGAGUUGCCGUCCCGGUUGUGUCCGAACGGCACGGUGUGUAAAGGCGGCUGGCUCGGACCCAACUACGGCAUCACCCAGUUCGACAACAUCCUGUUUGCUGUGCUCACCGUCUUCCAGUGCAUCACCAUGGAGGGAUGGACAGAGAUGCUCUACUACAGUAAUGAUGUGGAGGGCAGCGCCUGGAACUGGAUGUACUACAUCCCCCUCAUAAUCAUCGGCUCCUUCUUCAUGCUCAACCUGGUGCUGGGUGUACUCUCAGGUGAAUUUGCCAAAGAGAGAGAGCGAGUGGAGAACAGGAGCGAGUUCCUGAAGCUGAGGCGACAGCAGCAGAUUGAGAGAGAGCUCAACGGAUACCUGGAGUGGAUCUGCAAAGCAGAGGAGGUGAUUCUGGCCGAGGACGACACCACAGGGAACUUUGAUGGUUCGAGGCGACGGCCAACCAUCAAAACCAAAAACAACAAGACGGAGCUGCUGAACCCUGAGGAGGGGGAGGACAACAUGGGAGACGCAGUCGGUUUCGCCCGCUCCAGUAUAAAGAGCGGUAAGGACGGAUCCAAUUACAGCAAGAAGGAGCGACGACUGCGAUUCUUCAUCCGCAAGAUAGUGAAGACGCAGGCUUUCUAUUGGACCGUCCUCUGCCUGGUGGGACUCAACACCAUGUGUGUGGCUGCGGUGCACUACAACCAGCCUGAGCUGCUGUCUGACUUCCUGUUCUAUGCAGAGUUUAUCUUCCUCGGUCUGUUCAUGUCUGAGAUGCUGAUCAAGAUGUAUGGUCUGGGCAUCCAGCCCUACUUCCACUCCUCAUUCAACUGCUUUGACUGUGUGGUAAUUGUGGGCAGCAUCUUUGAGGUGGUGUGGGCCACCAUCAAACCAGGCACGUCCUUUGGGAUCAGCGUGUUACGAGCUCUGCGACUGCUCCGCAUCUUUAAAGUCACCAAGUACUGGGCUCCUCUUCGAAACCUGGUGGUCUCACUGUUGAACUCCAUGAAGUCCAUCGUCAGUUUGCUCUUCCUCCUCUUCCUCUUCAUCGUGGUCUUUGCCUUGUUGGGGAUGCAGCUGUUUGGAGGACAAUUCAACUUUGAAGCAGGAACUCCGCCAACGAACUUUGACACUUUUGCUGCUGCGAUCAUGACGGUGUUUCAGAUUCUUACAGGAGAGGACUGGAACAUGGUGAUGUACGAUGGAAUCAAGUCUCAGGGAGGAGUGAACGACAAAGGGAUGGUUUUCUCCAUCUUCUUCAUCGUCCUCACGCUCUUUGGCAACUACACUCUGCUCAAUGUGUUCUUGGCCAUCGCUGUUGACAAUCUGGCCAACGCACAGGAGCUCACAAAGGAUGAGGAGGAACAAGAGGAGGCAGCCAAUCAGAAGACAGCAAUGCAGAAGGCCAAGGAGGUAGCAGAAGUCAGUCCACUGUCAGCCGCCAACCUGUCUAUUGCUGCUAAGGAGCAGCAGAAGAACCACAUCAAGGGUAACAAGUCUGUGUGGGAGCAGAGAACAAGUGAGAUCCGCCGACAGAAUCUGAUGACGAGCCGCGAGGCGCUCUACAACGAGCUGGAGCAGGAAGACUGGAAGGUGGGAGGCGAAGGAGAGGAGGUGUCCUACCCACGGAAACCACGUGGUGACAUGAAGACCCACUUAGACCGGCCGCUGGUGGUCAACCCGCAGGACAACCGCAACAACAACACCAACAAGACCCAACCUGGUGAGCUUCCUCUGGAGCAGGAGUACCGGCACCAGGACAUCGACCACCACCACCGAGCCGCCCACUACCACCACCACCACCACCACCAUCACCAUCAGAAAGCCUUUGGGCCAGACAGUGGGGACACGGGGCAGCCGACAGACACCCGCAUGGAGCACGGGUUCAGCUGCACGUCUCUGGGGAACGUGGCGGGCCAGCAAGGGGAGGAGAGGCAUAGCCACAGGAGCCACCGGGGCCACCGGCACAGGAACAGGGAAGGCAGGGAGGCUCGCAGCGCAUCUCCCCACCGCAGUGAGGCGGGAGAGGGGCACCAUGAGCACAAGAGGUCCAGGCAACACCGCAGGGCAGCCAGGGAGGGGGAGGAGGGCAGGAGACACAGAUCCAGGGGGACGGAGGUAGAGGGGGAGAAAGUUGAGGAAGGUGAGGGACGUAAGACAAGACGGCAUCGCCACGGCAACCAGGAGAGGAGCAGAGGACAUCGCACCAGAAAGGAGCACCACAGCACCGGUCCCAGUCUGUCCACCACACGACCCAUACAGCAGUACAACGAGGACCUGGACAACUUCCGCAACAACAGCAAGCUGGCCAGCGCCCACGAGCAUUCUUAUGCCCUCCCACCAGAUCAUCCCGACCACCCUGACCACGUCAACAACCUGCUGAACUGCUGCGACGCCGACACACACACCCUGCUCCACAGCAUGGACAGCCUGAUCCUGACCAGCAUGGCCAAACCGGAUUACACAACCAUAGACAUGCCCCCUGUGUACCCCUACCCCUCCACCAACGCCAUCCUGCAAGUGAACAAGAACGCCAACACUGACCAGAAGAAGAGCGAGGAGAAGAAGGAGGAGGAGGACGAGGAAGGAGACGGCGACGGCCCCAAACCCAUGCCUCCCUACAGCUCCUGCUUCAUCAUGUCCAACACCAACCCGUUUCGGAAGUGCUGUCACUACAUCCUGACUCUGAAGUAUUUUGAGUUCAGCAUCUUGUCAGUCAUCGCUAUGAGCAGCAUCGCCCUCGCUGCAGAGGACCCAGUGUGGCCCGACUCACCACGAAACAAUUUUAUCUGA